GCGCCCGUUUUUAGCCCGAGCCAUAAGCAGUCCGACACAGGAGAGGGAGAGGGAGGAGAGACACAGGAGGGGAUCCCACCUCCGGGCUGUCUGUGUGUGUGUGUGAGAGAGAGAGAGAGAGAGAGGGAGAGAGAGAUAGAGAGAGCGAGGGGGAAGCGUUCAGAUCCAUUUGGGAAUCUCACUUGGGACGAACGAGUCCAAACCUCCCGAGGCCGGCUGCAGACGAUACAUCUAUAUCUAGUCCGAGGGAACGGUAUUCGAGGAGAGAUCGGCGACUGCGGCAAACCUGUGCAGACUAUCCCGACCCGGCGAUCGCCCACCGCGACACAGUCCAGUGACUCGCCGCUCCAUCCCGUUCGGUGGGAAAUAGCGGAGACUGAGAGGGAGGAGAGCGAGAGAGAGAGAGAGAGCUGAGAGCACAGAGCGCUUAGUCCUCGCCGGUCGCUUGGAUCCGACCUCUCGCACACGCAAGCAAGUUUCAACUCUCCUCGUUACACACAGCGUGACAUUGGCUGGAGCCGGCGACGGGCGUCCGGGAAGCUGACAGCUCUCCCUUCCCGCUCACGCAAACCUCCCCGUGGAUUACACCGGAGGGCCGCCCGACCUAUUGCGGAUUUACCGGAGCACAGUCCGCAGUUUCCCAACACCGCUCGCUGCGGCACCCGCAGAAUUCAGGAUGCGUCUCCUGUCCACGCGUCUGAGCUACCUAUGCCUGCAGUUACUCGCCUUCUGCUUUCAAGCGCAGGUAACCUAUCAGUCACCGCCUAAUUUUACACAGCACGUCAGGGAACAAACCAGGCAGACGGACCGCCUCAGCAGGAAGCUAAUCCGUAUUUACCAACUCUACAGCCGCACUAGCGGCAAACACGUCCAGGUGCUGGGCAAGAGGAUCAACGCCAAGGCGGAGGACGGCGACAAGUACGCUAAACUGAUCGUAGAGACGGACACGUUCGGAAGCAGAGUCCGCAUCAAAGGUGCUGAGUCUGGGUUUUACAUUUGCAUGAACAAGCGAGGAAAGCUGAUCGGAAAGCGAAGUGGGAAGAGCAAGGAUUGCGUUUUCACCGAGAUUGUCCUGGAGAAUAACUACACGGCACUGCAGAACGCCAAGUACGAAGGCUGGUUCAUGGGCUUCACCCGCAAAGGAAGACCCAGGAAAGGGUCGAAGACCCGGCAGCAUCAGAGGGAGGUGCACUUCAUGAAGAGGUUGCCCAAGGGCCACCUGUCCACGCAAGACAACCACAGACACUUUGAGUUCAUCAACUACCCAUUCUCCACCAGGACUAAACGCACCCGACACUCCAGGCCUCGAUAGAAGCAGCCACCCACCUCAACCAUAACCUCGCUCCAAUAAUUACAACCAACAAUACAGGACUUUAGCCCCUUUUUUAAAAAAGAUAAAUGAACAAGAGGCUUUAUUUUUCUACGCCACGUGACCCAAUGUGACCUGACGAGGGGGUAGCUGGUAAAAAGAAUUCAGCAAGGAAAGGACUGGGGCACAAAUUGGAUUCUGAUUGGGGUAAAAGAAACUCUGGACUCCGAGCCAUCAGCCCAAGCUGCCCCAUGCUCACCUGAGUUAGGAUAAUGGUGUAUGUAUAUAAUGAGUUAAUUAGACAUUGGAAGGAGAAGAGCAAAAGAGAGAUUGCUCACAUUCUCUUCGGAUGCUGUUUUGGGAACUCUUAAGAUUGACAUCCAGGGGAGUGAAACGCCAAGAAUCUACCAGAGCGCAGGUCAUUCUCCACCUAACACUCUCCCUGGAUGCUGCUAUCAGUCAUUCACUGUGCAACUCCAUCUACUGAAUCUCAGCAGAGAUCAGGUGCAGCAAAGGAUUACAGUCCCACCUGACUUUUUCUUCCUGAUACUCUCUUAAUUUUCUUUAUUACCUAUUUUUUCCCCAGUAAAACACUGUAUCACUGCCAAGAGACUGGCACCAUUUUUAUAUUCUUUUCUCUUUUUUGAAGAAUUGUGUAAGAUAUUUUUUAAUGGUGAGAAUAUUUAUUUAGUAACUGUAUUAAAUUUGUACUAGUUUACAGAAAGCAAUUUCUGUGUGAUGUUCGCUGUAACAAAGGAUGUGCCGGGGAUUAUUCUCCGAGUGACACUCACGUGCCCAUCGUUACAGAAUAACUGACACAGCCCAGAGAGGAAACCCGAGGGAGAGAGGGGGAAAGGAGAAUGAAACAGAGGGGUAGAGACUUAACACAAGAAAAUAAAGAGAACAAGUGAAAGGAAGAAAGAGGUUAAGGAGCGUUAGGGACGGGAAAGGUUGCUUAAUGUAUCCAAAGCCAUCACUGCCAAUACAUUAACAGGUACAUUGAUAGGAGAGGUUUAGAGGGAUCGGGGUCAAAUGCGGGCAGAUGGGACCAGCGUAGAUGGGGCAUCUUGGUCGGAAUGGGCAAGUUGGGCCCUCUGGCCUGUGAGACUCUAUGACUAUUAACACCCGUGGCAUCUGGAGCUCCUCCUUGCAAACUAUUUUAAUCUCUCUUCCCAUUCCCAGAAGAGGGAAUCUUCUUCCUCAGCCUCCUGCACUGCCAAGAUGAGGCCAAACACAAACUAGAUGGACAACACCCUCUUAUUCUGCCAUGAUAGUCUACAACUCAAUCGCUCAAACAGUGGAUUCUUCAGUUUCAGAUCACCCACUCAAUUCCUUUCUCUCUCAUUCUGACCUACCCAUGCUCACCUAUUUCCAAUCUGACCCAGCCCACUAAAACUAGUUUCUUUCCCUUUCCACACCAACCCCAUCUUCCCAUCACCCAUAAACCUCUCUCACUGGGUCCCCAUGCUCUCCCCCACUCUUCCGACCAGCACACAUCCUUCCCUUAUUUGGUUCCACUCUUCCUUUCUUAUUAGAUUCCUUCCUCUACAGCCCUUUGUUAGCUUUACUUAUCACCUCCCAGCCUCUGUCGCUAUCUCUACCCUUCCCUCCCCCCCCUAACUCCAUCUGUUAAUCAAUCACUUCUCACCUGGAUCCAUCUAGCAUUUGCCAACUCUUGCCACUUGCUUCGUUAUACUGGCCUUGCCCCUCUACACCAUCAGUCCAGAUGAAACGUUUGAGCUGAACCAACUGUCCACUUCCCUCCACAGAUGCUGCCGGACCCACUGAGCUCUUCCAAUAGUUUGUUUUUUUGCUCCAGAUUCCAUCAUCUGCAGUCUCUUGUGACCACGGAAACAACCAUUUUGGAAUCUUAUUACAUCUGAAUGUAAUAAUUACAUUCUUUCACCUGGAUCCUCAUUUGAGAAAUUGUUAACAGUUAUCGCUGACAAUAUACGUUGCAAAAUCACUCUUUAGAAAAUGAUACAUUAAAAAUUGUGACAUAGAGACACAAAGCAAUAGAAAAGGGCAGAUUACUGUGUAUAAAGAUAAAUGCAACUAUCCUAAUGGGGCGGGUGGAUAGAUAGAUAGAUAGGCAGACGGUUAGGUAGAGAGAAAUUGAGUCAGAAAAAUAGAUGCAUAAACACUAUAAAACUAGUUUAAAAAGUUGGGAAAUUUUUCCUUUUCACAUUAGGAAAAUCGUGAGCAUAUUAUACUUAAAUUUAUGUUUACACAUAAAAAUGAAGAGUUAAAAUUUUCCUCCAGAUAGAUGCACAUAUCAGAUAGAUAGAGAAUCAGAAAGGCAUAAUUACUGAGAAUAAAAAAAUGCAGCUAAAUUGAAUAUAUUUCUAACUGGUGACUUUGACCAUGACAGCUGAUCUGCUGUCUGGCUCUGUGUAUAAAUCCUACACUUUACAACA